UCACCAGCUGACGUGCUUGAGAUAGCUUCUCUACCCAAGUCUUUGUGCACAACCCCUCCUGAGUCCAGCUUAAAUCGUUCUUAUUCGCCUUGCAGGAAGCGGCCCUGUCUUUUGUCGCCUUUUCCCACGACUCCUAUGUCUUCCGUCGCAGAACUUUUCCAUCAAACACCAGUUGGCUGCUUCGGCAAAACUUAUAUUUGCCCCAAACCUCCUUCAUGUUCUAGCCUUAUUCCAGCUAAUUUUUCACCCAUGAUUGAUAAUCGACCCUCAAAAACUACAGCCUGUGUAUUUUCCCAUCAGCCCCACCAGCCGGAAAAUCAUUCACAUCUUACCUUUGGACCCAACGUUGAGAAGGGCCUUCAUUUACCCACAGUUCAUACAUCACCAUUCACGAGUUCCUUCUUAACUCGUGACAAAUCCGCCGAAAUUUUUAACACGGAUCAAUUUUCGUCCGCCUUGCCAUCCCUUAGCAUUCUGAAUAAUAACGUUGUUGAGACUCAACCAAAAUCAGGCAUUGCUAAUCUCACAUUAAAUGAACCCGCCUUGUCUACUCAACCUCUUGUUCGUCAUUCCUCUUUGAAUUCAAAGCAUCAGUCCAGGAAAACAGUUAGGUCGAGAUCCGUUGUAUCCAGUUCGAAUAAUUCUGCACCUCAGAGUCCGACCCCAGCAUCACCACCCAUUAUUUUGCCAUGUACACCAAUGCCUGAUUACGCACGAAUGAUGACGCCACAUCUGAAGGUAAGAAGGCCUUUUUUUCACUUCAUACUCUUAUAA